AAAUUCAAAUAAAAAUCCUAUCCGACUCAAAUUUCCCCAAAACCUCUUUAGAAAUGCACCCUUAUUAUAAACCCUAACCCCCAAAUCCAGUCCAGUUUGAUUCUGUUUUCAAUUUCUCUCGAUUUUGAGUUCUUCAUCUCAGCUUCAUCAUCUUUUCUUCGACUUUAGGUGUGCAAGGAUGGUGGAAACGCUUUUCGAGGACAUUUUUCGUGUCGACGCCUUGGAUCCGGACGGGAAGAAGUUUGAUAAAGUGUCUCGCAUUGCUGCUAGGAGCGAGCAGUUUGACAUGCUCUUGCACCUCGAUAUUAAUACGGAGAUAUAUCCCAUGCGCGCUGGAGAGAAAUUCAUGAUGGUUUUAGCAUCCACUCUGAACUUGGACGGAACACCAGAUAGUGGUUACUACACUCCGGGUAACAGGAAAUCUCUAGCAGACAAGUUUGACUAUGUCAUGCAAGGGAAACUGUACAGAAUUUCAGAGGAAAGCCGAGACAAGCAGGUUAAAGCGGACAUAUACGUAUCGUUUGGUGGACUUCUGAUGAUGCUCAAAGGGGACCCUUCCAUUGCUUCUAGAUUUGAACUCGACCAGAAGCUGUUCAUUCUCAUCAGAAAGGUCUGAUCAACUAUCCAUCCACUCCCAGAGACCAAACCUCAUUGCCAAGUACGUUGUGCACCAUACUUUUUACGACAUUUCUUGGCAAUAGACAGCUUACAUCUGCUUCUUUCUUAAAAAUUAUGCGGUUGCUUGACUUAUGCUAUCAGCCUAUUAAUAUGUAGCGCUAAGAACCAUAGUAUGCUCUAAAAUGCACCAAAACUCGGGGAUGAUUUCCUUGCACCUAUGCUUAUGUUGAUUAAUAACUUGUAUUAGUUUAUUUUCUUGGUGUUAGAUCACCCGAAGGUCGAUGUUGAACACUCUUCUGGUUCAAAUGGAAAA